AUGUUUUUCUCCAGAGACUCUCCACUAUCGAUUCCAACACUGAGAACACCACCUUCAACCCUCAAGAUGCCGUCGACAUCUAAGAAGCAGGACCUCAUGGCCCCCAUCACUCUCGCCAUCAUCGCCCAGCUUGUCGCGAUCUUGAGCCUCUCGAAGACCACUGUCAUCUGUCUUCCGCCCGAGAUCACACAACUCCUCGCCGAUAUUGUCACUGUCCCAUUCGUUUGCAACAUACCAAUCUCGACUUGCUUCAAUGGCCAUCAAAGCCAGCUAGCCGACUGUCUUCCAGCACUCGCCUACACCUGCCGUGGACUGUACAACAUGUGCACCGACGCCUUCUUCAGCAAGAACAAUUUCGUCUUUGGCACCGAUGCCUAUCGCGCUCUGGCCAUACGAGGCGUGGUUGUGAACAUUGCCCGUCAGCUUCGCAGGAACUUCGGUGCCAACCGACUUCUCAUCCACCACCUUGUGAUCGUUCGUGUUACUGCAGAAGACGACAGAUUCGGCUUUAUCGACAUGUUCGAUUCCGACAUCACCACCAACCUGCUCUGUCGACAUGUGAUAUCAUUGCUGUCGACCAACUGCAAGAUCACUACUCGCCGUCAGCUUCGCAUCCAGAGCGUGAGGAUCAUAGUCAAGCUCGUCCGAGACCAGCUACUUCCGCUAUGCCGUGUCGUCGCCUAUGAUCGUCCAGAAUCGUGGACAUGUGAUCUCGCAUAUGUUACAUCAGCAAGCCCUUAG